AUGCACAAGAAGUCCGCUGCUCCGACAUUUUACUCGGUGCCAGCCAAGAGACAGGCUUCAUCGUCGUCAUCGUCGUACGGCGAUGUGUUGACACUUCAAAAAUGGACAUUGGAUCGAAAUUUACACUUGAUGGAGCUGCCUGAGGAUGUCCUUUAUUUAUUGUUCCGAUAUUUGGAUCUGACAUCCUUAGGCCGACUCUGUCAAGUGUGUAGGAAGCUCCGACGUCUAAUCCAAACCGAUAGUGUAUGGCUUCCUUUCAGUAGACAUCAGUUGGUGAUUCGUGAACCUCAACAAGGAAAUCUUACCAAAUGCAGAACAUGUCUCCCUUCUCUGAAGGAGCAGUGUCGAAUGGCCAGAAAUUGGACCAAAGGAAUAAAUCGGGAAAUCACUAUAGUAAGACAUCACAGCAGGCAACUUCCCUGGAUGCAGUAUGAUCAGAUUCACCCUAAAACUAUGUGGGUAUCCACUGGCGAGUACAUCAACUGUUAUAAAGUUCUUGCUAAUGGGUUGUUUCAAGAGGAUAAAAGAAGAAAACUUGGUCCUCUUCAUAGAGAUGUGACAAGAUUUGUGGUGAAGGACUCUUUAGUUGUCAGUGGUUGCAGGGAAGGAAGCUUGUUUGGCUGGCAUAGUGAUACAGGGAAAACACUCUUCUGUUAUGUCAAUGUUCACACUGAAGAUACCCAAUGUGUAGACUUUCAUCAUAACCUGAUGGUGUCAGGAUCUAGAGAUGCCACUCUAAAGAUUUUAAGUAUGGAUGAGCAAUAUAACAGCAAUCAACCCAGAGCCACACUGCGAGCAGAGGACAGAGUUUGGUCUGUUGCAAUGGCGCCAGAUGGCAGCACAUUUGCAUCUGGGAGUGCAGGUUGCAAUGGCAGUUAUCCUUUAAUCAUCUGGGACCUGUGCAAGGGUGUGAUGGACUGUAGCUUGGGUCAGGACCACAGACGAGGUGCUGGUAUCUUGGACUUAAAAUAUGAAGCUCCAGAUAUUCUCCUUUCAUGUGGCUAUGAUUCCUAUCUUCGGCUUUGGGAUUUACGCACAGAAAAAUGUGAGAUGAUGUGGGAAGAACCUUUUGAUUCAGCUGUUUACUGUGUGAAGACAGAUGGGGAUUGUGCUAUGUUGACAGGCACUGCCAGGCAUGGGAUGACAAGACUGUGGGAUAAGAGAGCCACAAAACCUGUGCAAUUGUAUUAUGCAGGACAUCGAAGCAGUCCUGUGUAUUCAUUGGCCUUUGACUGUUCCCACCUUUAUUUGGCCUUGGACAUCAGUAUCAGCAUGUUAGAUUUUUCCAUCUACAGGUAG